AUGCUUGCUGAAGCAGAAUUGCGGAACCCAAAUGUUUCGGAAGCGGACCGUCCUAUCAAGAGACGGAAGGUUGGAGCUCAGGGAGCUACAACUCUUAAUGAGGUUUCUAUACCCCAAGUACCACUGUCAAUGGAAGACAGCCGGCAGGUACAGACUGACUAUGACGAACCCACGUCAGAAGAAUCGGAUAUGGAGUGGGAAGAAGUUGACCUUCAGCAAGUCCCAGCUCAGUCGACUCAGAUAGGUCCGGUGACAGAGGUCGAUAAUGAACCACUCCAGAUCACUCUUGAGGGCCAUGAAGGAAAGAGACGGAAAGUAAUUUCAAGACAAAAACCACUCACCGCUGCCGAGAAAAGGCUCCGAUUAGAUAUUCACAAAGUCCAUGUGCUCUGUCUCCUGCGUCAUGUGCAAAUACGAAAUCUAUGGUGCAAUGACGACGAACUACAGAGCUUUCUCAAGAGGAUGUUACCCAAGCAAGUGAUAGCCAUGUUAAAUCCAUCGGAGGACAAACCACAGUACAGUCGGUCUACAACUUUUGUCGAGGGGCUGAAUCUGGCCAGUGAUGCUUUUAGCAGAAGGUUCAGAGUGACUAGACCAGGCUUGAAGCGAGCGCAUUGGGUAGAUGAUCCGGAAAAGUUGAAGCAAAAAGCGGUAUGUGUGCAAAGCUCCACGCAGACAAUGCAGGGCUCUCGUGACUUUGGUGCUCAGUUGUUCUGUGCUCUUCUACGCUCUGCAGCUGUGGAAGCGAGGCUGGUCUGCUCACUCCAGCCUUUGCCGUUUUCUGGGACGACGAAGAGCAUGACGCCAAACACGCGAGAUUCACAGUACAUUGUUAUAUCAUCUGAUGACCAUGAAACGUCAGCAGAUGAUCGACAGAUGCCUGGCCUCUCGCCGACACCGGCGUCAAGGUCCCGAAGACUUGGACGACCUCAAUUCACUCCAGCGCGUUCACAGAAGACCUCGAUUCCAGGCCCUGGAUUCACCGCUCGAGCCUCGCCUUACCCGGUGUUUUGGGUUGAAGCAUUCAAUGAAGCAGUCCAGAAAUGGGUCCCUGUCGACCCAUUGGUUACCAAAUCGAUUGCAAAACCAUCUAAGUUUGAACCGUCCUUCAGUGAUCCAUCAAAUUCCAUGGUUUAUGUAGUUGGGUUUGAAGAGGAUGCGUCCGCAAGAGACGUUACCAGGCGCUACGCAAAAGCUUUCAAUGCAAAAACACGCAAAAUACGUGUUGAAUCUACUAAAGAUGGAGAGAGAUGGUGGGCAAGGACGAUGCGUUUUUACGAAAAACCAUUCUUGGAGGACAGAGAUGAGAUUGAAAUUAGCGAGCUGACAGCGAGAACUGCUGCUGAGCCUAUGCCGCGAAAUGUGCAAGACUUUAAAGAUCACCCGAUAUACGCGAUUGAGAGGCAACUUCGACGUAACGAAGUCGUUUUCCCAAAGCGCGUCAUUGGCCAAGUCAGUCUUGGAAAGUCGGGAUCGAAAGAUCAGGUGUUGGUGCCGGUUUACCGCCGUAGCGAUGUUCAUGUUGUCCGCAGCGCGGACAAAUGGUAUCGCUUGGGACGAGACAUCAAGAUAGGCGAACAGCCAUUGAAACGUAUUCGCGUCAAUAGAAACAAGGAUGCCGGUUUCAGCGAAGACGAGCACGACAAUGAAAGCGGCAUGGAGAUUCCUCUGUAUGCAUACUUUCAAACGGAGGUCUACACACCACCGCCUGUUGUGCAGGGAAAGGUACCUAAAAAUUCUUAUGGGAACCUAGAUGUCUAUGUGCCGAGUAUGGUUCCUCCUGGAGGUGUUCACAUAAAGCAUCCUCAGGCCGCCCAUGCAGCCAGGGUCCUUGGUAUUGAUUAUGCAGACGCAGUUACAGGCUUUGACUUCAAAGGGCGACAUGGAACUGCUGUUUUUCAAGGGAUUGUUGUUGCCAGCGAGUGCCAGGAGGCGGUUGAAGAGGUCCUGGAUUAUCUUGAAGACGAAAGAAGGCAAACUGAGUCCCAGGAGAAGUCAAGAGAGACUUUACGGUUGUGGAAGCAUUUUCUGCUGAAACUGCGAAUUGCAGAAAGGGUCAAAAGCUACACCAUUGAAGGAGAAGAGAGCGCUGAUGAAAUUCUUGAAAAAUAUGAGGACCCAGGGGAAGCCGGUGGCGGCUUUAUCCCCAAACCAGAGCAAGAAAUGGCCGACGGAGGACAAUUUGCGACUUGUCAACGAUCAAUGCAACUAGAGGGUCGAGGACACACUUAUCAUAUAGUGUCGACAAAUAACGGAGGCCCAGGAAUUGGAGCGCACGGUGAUGGACUUCAAUCUGACGAGAGCGCCAGCCACAUAGAAGCAAUAUCUGUGAAUCCUUCUGAAACCCACAUUCCUAAGGCCUCAAGACGUCCUCGUUAUAGCCUUAUCGUCGUUCCCAAUAAGAAAGCAAACAAUAAUGAAGACGGCACUUCCCAGCGGCAACCACAACUGCAGUCCGAACCAACUCCUGAGAUUGUGGAGCUUGAGCCAGCGGCAGAAGCUCAGAGUGUGCAGAGGUCUGGGGAGACUGGUCAUCUAGGCUCUUCCGAAAUUCCCAUAAUGGUCGACUCUUCAACAACAGGCGGCUCCAGGUCAGCGAGUGUUGAGGUACUGUCGCGGACAGCAUCGCAAACACAGCCACAAACUCCCACACCAGAGGAAAUGGACGAGUCAUCAGGAGUUGAUGACAAUGGGUCAUUGUUGUCGCAUGAUCCCGAAGAUGAGGAUGCGAUUCCAGAGUGGCUAGUAUGA